CGGGAGCCGAGAGGAAGAGGAGCUAGCAUGACAAGUGGACUGCGGUACCCGGGCAAGGUGGUCAUAGUGACCGGGGGCACUGGUGGCAUUGGCCGGGCCAUGGUGAAAGCAUUUGCUUGCCAAGGAGCCAAGGUGGUCUUCUGUGCACCAGAGUCUGAAGUGGAAAAGGGACAGUUAAUUCAGAAGGAAAUUCAGGAUUCUGGGUGCGCUGGGGAGGCUUGCUUCCAGGUCUGUGAUGUCCGUAGUGACUGUGACAUUCAGAGGUUGAUUUGGGUGACGAUAGACCGCUACGGCCGCCUGGACUGCUUGGUGAACAACGCUGGAGACUUUCUUCCUCCCACGAAGUUAGAUGACGUGACGGUCCAAGACUUCCUCAGCCUCCUGGAGGUCAAUGUCUUUGGAGUCUUCUUAGGAUGCAAGUAUGCACUGCCUUACUUACGGAAAACAAAAGGAAACAUCAUCAACAUGGCCAGCCUUGAUGGUGUCAUUGGAAAGCAGAGUCAAGUGGGCUAUGCUGCAAGCAAGGGGGCUGUGAUUUCCAUGACUAAAGCCCUGGCCAUUGAUGAGAGCAAAUACGGAGUACGAGUCAACAGCAUCUCACCUGGUGUGGUCUGGACUCCUCUGGCGAAAAGAUUUGUAGAUCAGUCACCGAAUCCGGAGGAAACAAUGCAGAAAUUCAUCAGUUAUCAGCCCCAAAUAGAGGCCGAACUAGACCGCCUCACGACCCAGGGGGUGCUGGAACCCAUCUCCUUUGCCACGUGGGAAACCCCGAUAGUGACCCCGGUAAAAUCAAACGGGGAGGUGCGCAUUUGCGCGGAUUAUAAGUGCACGAUAAACAAGGCACUUCAGGACAAUCCCUAUCUGGUUCCAGUCAUCAGCCACGUUCUGGCUGCGUUAAUGGUGUCCAAGGUCUUUGGGAAACUGGACUUGGCCCAGGCGUACCAGCAACUGCCCGUGGACGCCGCCACGGCUGAGGCACAGACCAUAGUCAUCCACCGGGGGGCGUUCAAGGUGCGGAGGUUGCAGUUCGGGGGGCAAAUAUUUUUCAUCUUGGUGGACACGUACACCAAGUGGCUAGAAGUCAUUCCGGUGGCCUCCACCUCCACGGCGGCGGCAAUCCGGGCGCUGCGCAGGGUCCUGGAAUUCCAGGAGUUCCUACAGAGGUACUUAAUCCGACAUAUACGGUCCGCUCCAUUCCACCCGGCCACAAACGGCCAAGCGGAGCGAAUGGUGCGCACCACAAAGGAAGCCUUGGGCCGCAUAGUGCAAGGAGACUGGGACCACCGUUUAGCCGCCUUCCUGUUCGAAAACAGGAUAACCCCCAACCUCGUCACAGGGGUAAGCUCGGCGGAAUUACUAAUGGGGCGCAAGCUUAUCACUAGACUGGAUAGGCUGCACCCCGGCCGGGCCUCGGACAUCCGCGGGUCCCCCGAGAUCAGGGAAGCGGCCAGGGGGUUCUUUGUGGGAGACCCGGUGUACGCAAGGAACUACGCAAACGGCCCUGAGUGGGUAGCGGGAAAGGUGCUGCGAGUCCUAGGGUCCUGUCACUACGACGUAGCCACGGAAGAGGGCCGAAUUUUGUGGAGGCACAUCGACCAAAUGCGCCGCCGCACCCUACCAGAGGAACCAGGGGCCGGGCCGUUUGGCUUCGGGGUGAGCUACUCGCCGACCGCUUCGGCCUUGGCUGGGGCGGUGCACGGCGGUAGUGCAUGUCUAUCAACUCCUAGACCUCUAAGUCGCGUGGGCGAUGAGCCUGGUGCUGUGGCUCAUAGUGAGAGGCAGCGUGUUCUCUUCUGCGCGCACAGCAGGGCAUUCCAGGCGGUCCUUCGAGCCAGGCGGUCUUCAGCGGACACCCAGCUGGGCCUCAGCGACGGGGCAGUUGGAGAGUGGCUGAGUCGCCGGGGGCCGGUACUUGGCAAUCCUAUCCUCCAAGCAAUUGCUCCACCCAAGAGCCUAUUUAAUCGAAGUUUGAUGUGGAUUAUAGUCAUUAAAAGAAGGAGGCAAACAGCUGGUAUGGCAACUAGUCUGCGUUACUCGGGCAAGGUGGUGAUUGUGACUGGUGGCACCCGAGGAAUUGGCCUGGCCACCGUGAGAGAAUUUGUUCACCAGGGAGCCAACGUGGUCUUCUGUUCACCAAGAUCUGAAGCGGAAAGGGGACAAGAGAUUCAGAGGGAGCUGCAGGCUUCUGGGUAUCCAGGGGAUGUUUUCUACCAAGUCUGUGAUGUCCUCAUUGAGUCAGACAUUAAGAGGUUGAUUUUGGUAACUGUAGAACGUUAUGGAUGUCUGGACUGUCUGGUGAACAAUGCUGGAAUUGCAAGUUAUUUCAAGCCAAUAGAUGAGGUGAGUGCCCAAGAUUUCCGCAACAUGAUGGAACUCAAUACUGUGAGCUGUUUCUUAACAUCCAAGUAUGCGCUGCCUUACUUACGAGAAACGAAAGGAAACAUUGUCAACAUAGCCUCUCUGCUUGCUGUCAUUGGGGUGGAGCAUUGUGUGUCAUAUGUUUCAAGCAAGGGUGCUCUGAUUGCAAUGACCAAAGCCCUGGCCAUCGAUGAAAGCAAAUACGGAGUACGAGUCAACAGCAUCUCACCAGGUUAUAUCUGGACCUCUUUGGCAAAAAAGUUGGCAAAUCAGUCACCAAAUCCAGAGGCAGAAGUGCAGAAAUACAAGGACAGUCAGUUUAUGGGACGUUCUGGGACCCCGGAAGAAGUGGCAUUGGCUGCCCUGUUCCUUGCCGCGGAUGCCACUUUCUGCACAGGUUUAAACCUUGUGGUCAGUGGUGGAGCUGAACUUGGCUUUGGGAAGAAGAACCAGGUGGAUCCUAAGCCUGAGCCAGGUGCAGGUGCAAAAUCACAGGGUUCCUCCAGCAAGAAAUAGAGCUGCAA